ACUCCGGAGGUAGUUACAAAAGUUUGUUGUUGUGUCCUACGACGCCGUGCUGCAGUCCGAUGUAACGUUCUACCAAUGGCUCUCUGUACCCAACGAUACACGCUGGUCGGCUUCUCGAAAGAACUGGACAGGAGACCCUUGCAUUUCGUGAGACCGAUCCCUGCGAACAGAAUAUGCAAAGCGUGCGGAGUGGUACCCAGAAAGGCCGCCCUCCUGCCCUGUCUUCACGUAAUCUGCAAAAGUUGCUACGAUCAGUGCCGGCUAAACGGCGGCAACUCCUGUCCACUCGAUGGCAGCCUGUGCAGCGACGAAGACGUCGACUGGAGAGAUUUUCCCGCCGACGCACUGCUUAGGCAGCAAGUGAAAUGCUGGAAUGAAGACAAUGGCUGCGAGGUGGUCACGUGCGCCUCCAAGCUCCACGAGCACUUCUUGCAAGAUUGUGACUACCACACCACUUCGUGCCCAAAGUGUUCGGCUGCGAUUCUCUGCAAAGAUGUAUGCGCACAUCUCAGGAGCGAGUGUACGGCUCGUACGCUGCCUCGCAUGCUUGGAACCCCGCGAACUUCGCCCAGUGACCCAGAGGCGAUACUGCGAGCUUUGAACGCAAGCUUAGACGCACGAGUCGGCGAAAUGACAGGCAGGCUAGACCAAGUCAUGAGCGAGAGUAGCGCUCAAAGUGACAGACUGAAUGAGCUUUCGCACUGCAUGAACACGAUCAAAGAGGCACUGUUGCAGCCAAAAGCAAGUGGAGCUUGCACAGAGCAGAGUGGCGUUCCGGAAGCAGCUUCCGGCGUCGCCACCGUUGGAGCAGUCGAACGAAUUUUGAUCACCCACGGUGACAGGCUCACCGAACUCUCACGUAGCGUAAGCAGCCUAGGCAACACUCUGAACAAAGCUGUUGAAGAUGCAAAAAGGACGAGUAUCGAAAAGCUCGAACAAAAUGCGAGUGAUUUGAGGACGUUUCAGGCGGAUGUUAGCGAGCACAUGACAGGAAGCACGGAUGUUCUAGAGGAAAUCACCCAAAGCCUGAGUGAGGUCAAGGGAAUUCUCAGGAAGGAAAUCAAGCCUGCGGCAAACUUGACUCCAGAAAGAAGUGCCACGAGAACUGCUGCUUCGCCCGGAGCGAGUGAAGAACAAAUCGAACGCAGAAGCGACGUCGCGCAGAACACGAACAACGCUGAGAGCUGCAGGAUUGUUUUGAAGGGAAUCACACCGAUCAAGGAAUACGUAAAUUUAGACGGUUUGUAUGAUUAUAUCGGUGAAAGGAUAUACCUAUCUGGCUACCACAUAUUGGCCGGCUUGAAGCUCGUUAAAGAUGACGAGGGUGUGGGCUUGCAUGCCCGCAUUAAACUUCUAAAAGGCGUCAACGAUGACUUCCUGGAGUGGCCAUUCUAUCGGAACAUCAAGCUGACUGCUGUGCACCCAUCGAGUGGCCAGGAGCGUCAUUGCGUUAGUUACGCAUUCCGCAGCCUCACGCACUUUGGAAAGCCAGGACUGGUCGGCAACAAGGCCCUGUAUUUCCCGGAGCGAUCGUUACGCUUGGAAGAUCUGGAGCGUGAGGGAUAUGUAGACAACGACAAGCUUGUGAUAACGUGGGAAGCUCGUUCCGCUUCCGGUCUUGUAAUGGAUAGCCUUGGUCCGGUGUACAGUGCCGUGGGACAUUGAUACUUCACUGUUCGUGUAUCAUUUGUAUUCGUACGUCUGUAUGCUUCGCCUCUAUUCUCUUGGUAACUGUUUCCAUCAGUUACACUUCCUCUGGUUAUGACAAAUAAAUAUAACGUUUAUGAUAUGCCAAAUGCUUGUGUUUUGUGAGCGCACU